GUUUCUCGGCUGUUGCACCUCCGGACGAGCUGACUGGGGCUCCCCAUGUCCUCGACAGAAGAGCUGGGCGCACAGUCGGACGACCACCCGGUCCUCCCCAGGAUGGACUCCUCCGGCUCCGAGGACAACCAGUUUUCACCCGGAGCCCGAAUUCACUCCAAGUCGUCCAGCUACGACGUGCUGUCUGUCCUAGGUCGCGGAGCCUACGGGAACGUGGUUAAAUGUCGGAAGACCACCGACAACAAGACAGUGGCGGUCAAGACCAUCAAGAACCACGGAACAUCGGCCAAACGGGCCAUAUAUGAGAUUCUGGCCCUGUUAAAAAUCAAAAAGAUGGACGCUGACAAAUGCCACCUGGUGCAAUGGUACAGCAUCUUCAGCAUCUCUGGACAUGUUUGCAUUGAGUUUGAGCUGCUGGACAAAAGCCUGUAUGACUUUGUAAAAGAGCGAAAUUUCCGGCCUCUCCAGCUGAAGGAGAUCAGGCCCAUUGUCCAUCAGCUGGCGGACAUGCUGGACCACUUGAAGGUCUGUCAGAUUAUACACGCAGACCUCAAGCUGGAGAACGUGAUGCUGGUCAACCAGUUGCAGCAGCCCUACAAAAUUAAAGUGAUCGACUUCGGCCUGGCUGCUCAGGUGUCCACUGCCAAACAGGGCUCGCUUAUUCAGACACUCCCCUAUCGGUCUCCGGAAGUCCUGUUGGGUGCACCAUUCACAGAAGCCAUAGACAUCUGGUCUGUGGGGUGCAUUGCUGCUUUUUUAUACACAGGCGCUCUGCUGUACCCUGGAAAAAGUGAAUACGACAUGGUCAGGUACAUUGUGGAAACUCAAGGCCAACCUCCGGAUAAUGUUCUUGAAGCUGGACUGCAGACCAGCUGCUUCUUCCAUAUGGAGCACAACUUCAGCUGGAAGCUCAAGACACCAGAACAGUAUCAGAAAGAGACGACCUCGGCAUCCAAAGAGACCAGACGCUUUAAAUUCCGCUCUCUUGAUCGCCUUCUUCAUUUCCAGCCGGGGAUCUUGAACACCAGGCACAUCGCCAACAAAGCCGCCAAGACGGCCGACGUGCAGAAGUUCGUGGAGCUACUGAAAGGAAUGUUGCAGCUUGAUGCCGCCCAGCGGUUGACGCCUCGCCAGGUGCUGGAGUACGACUUCAACAGCAUGAGCCAUCUGGAGCCGCUUCAUGCCACCAGCUCUCACGUGCAGUCGUGCUUUCACAUCAUGUCCGUGUGCUCCAACAAGGCCACGCUACAAUCUCUUGGCGGGACUGGAUUCGACCCAUCCGAACUAAACGAGACGCAUGAUGACGAGCCAUGCUGCGGCAGCCCUGCGUCGCCUGAAGUGUACGAAAUCAUGGCCCACGACGAGCGGUCAGACCCAAGUUGACACAAGGAUAAACAGGAGAUGAUCACUUGAUGAGAAGGGACGUGCUUUCGCUUCAUCCCUCUACAUUAGUUACAAUUACAAACUCACCAAUGGAUAGUGGUGGAGUCUUCGUAACCUGUACAAUGUAUUCAACAGGUAACACCCAACAAAUCUUAAGAUAAGUUUCACAAAAAUGCUCCCAUUGUUUGGAUAAUGUGUUGGAUGUUGCUUACGUACCAAACAAUGUUCUGUCUGAAUAAGGGCUGCAUGAUAUUGGAAAAAAAAAAAUUCACAUUGCGAUUUUUUUUUUUUAACCCUGCAAUAUAUAUUGCGAUGUGAAAAAAUAUAGGACAACAUACUCGUGACGUGAAAACUAGCACACAUUUCUUUUACCCUGUCUGUAUUUUUUGGACAGUUUAUAAUAGUUUCAGUAGAAAAAAAACUGCUUAAUCACUAGAGCGCAUAAGUAUACUGAAGUCUACCUGUAUUUAAGUAUACUGCAGUACAGUGGUCCCACCCGAAGAGUGAAAAUGCAUGAAUAAUUAAAGGUCAUGACAAUUGCCAUGAUUUUGUCAUUCGAAAAAAAGCAUGGAUAAACAGGAAAAUGCCGCCAAUAAGCCGUUUCUGCGAAAAAUGGGGGCAGGUCCCCCACCCACAAAAAAUGUUAUGAAAAAAAAAAAUCUCGCAAAAAUCCGCAGAGUCUGUGUAUGCCGAACUGGAAAUACGCUGGGGUCCACUGUAUUGAGCAGGGAACGGACACGUUAAAAUUUGUUUUCAUGCCCAGUUAUUCUGUAGUACAUAUAUCCAUUCAUACAUUCCAAUUUGUUUUGGAUGAAUUGUUAUUUUACACAUUUUAACAUAAUAUGCAUCAGUAUUUCUAUGUUUGAGUCCCAUUAGUUCAAGCAACAGUCUUGUGUACCUUAAGUUUGUCCCCAGUGUAGCCGUAGCCCCCUCACCUGAAGUGAAAUCUGUUGUGACGUGCGUUGUGACGUGCAUUCGUUGCAUUCAGAAGAGCGAUACAUUAAAUGCAGGCGUGCAAUUGUUUUCCUUUGUCCUCGUUAUUGGUUAUCGUAUUAUAUAACUUGUACAGUAUCCAGUACAACAAUGAUGCUCCAUGUGUGUUUGGAGGUUUAUAAUUACCCUAACAUUGUUGCUGAUUUCCGUCAGCUUGUCUGGCGAGAAGAAAUGUCCAGGGGACUUUAAAUAGGUAAAGAAAUACAUUAAAAGAAUAAAAUAAAAAAACGCUUGCUGAAUAUUAUUUUCAGGGUUCUCAAUACGAUAAAAAUGUUACAAUCGCUGAAAAAUAUUAAAUGUGUCACGGCGCAAGUUGUGUAUGAAAGUUCCUGUGUUGUAAACGCACCGUGUAUCUUGCAGCAAGCAUGUGACUUACUGUAUGUUUUCUACCCUUGCUAAGCAUGGUUUACUCUUUUACACACCGUAGCUGGAGUUUAGUGAAACCCGCACGACAAAAAGAAUUACACACAUUCUAUAUUUUGAGAUCGCCGCCUUAAUGCUAACACUUAAUGGAAAACUAUUGGCAACCUAAAAAUAAUCGAUAUUCUCACACAAACGCCAUAGCAACACAUGCAGACAUGGUAAUAGUUUUCUUUAUACUCUUUUUAGCUUGCAGUAAAUGUAUAUGCAUCGCUAACACAUGCAAACAAGGUAAUAGUUUUCUUUAUACUCUUUUUAGCUUGCAGUAAAUGUGUGUGCAUCACUAUAGUUAAAAUUACUAUCACGUUUCGACUGCGUCCAUUUUAUACGGACAGGGUUAUAGUUAAAAGUGGUGUUUGUAGUCGUUGAUAUGUUUACUGCUGCUUGGACGGUUAGAGUGAUGGAGCUUAUGACUACCUCUUGCGGGCCGAGAUUUCUACAAAUGUCAGCUGGUCCACAGGUUGCAUGUGCUGCGUAGUGUCAUGGUCUGUGUUUUGGUUUGGGUUGUGUUUAGUUUUGUUCCAUGUUUUCCUGUGUUCCAUGUUUGUCGUGUGCUCAUUAAGUUGUUGUGUCCACCUGUUCUCGUCUGCUUUGUGUCGACCAAUCAGCUCUCUCCAGCCACUCAUGUCUUGUCCAGGUGUUCCUCGUUGUCUCGUCUGUUGUAUUUAGUUCCCUGGUUUCUUUCAGUUCUUGUCGGUUCAUUGUCGUCGUCACAUGUCUUUGCCAUGUCAUAGUCGUCAGUUGUCUUUAUCAUUGUGGUAUGUCAUUGUCAGGUGUCAUUUUCCCUUUCUAUUCCACGUCUUACUCACAGGUCAUAAGUUUGUUUCCAGUUUUAGAUAUUCCAGUGUUUCUUUUUUACUUUGAUUUGAUUGGUAUCUGUUGUGGGACUUUGUUCAGUUCAGUUUUCCCUUUUCUAAGAUUAAAUAUUAUUUUGAGACUCCCGCACUCCUGCCUUGCCUCCCUGCUUCCCUGCAAUUGGGUCCACCAUGUUCUUACCUUGUGUUACUCGCCCUCGCCCUAACCACGUACGUGACAGCGUAGUGUGCGCAAUGACGUCAUUGUGCCAAGUAGAAACGCUUGAAAAUUCAGUGAUUGAUUCCAUGGAAUCGUUAACUUUUGAACCGUUUCUCAGCGAUUCUUGGUUGACUUUAGAACCAGUUCCCACCAAUUCUUGGUUUUUGAUUCCCAUCCCUACUUGUUAGCGUUAAGUUAGCAGAGAUUUGUUGUUUAAUAAUUUAGUUUUACCUGGGAGUGACAAAAACUUUAAGCAAGAUCUUUUUGCCUCUUAUUUGAAGACUAAGUCUGAUCGGCCUGAUCGGCAUCGGCCGAUAAUUAACAUUUUAUGAUGAUCGGCUUUAAUGUCAUCGUCAUUGAUAGGCUCCGCAAAAGACAUUUUCUCCGCGUUGCCGUCCUGUACAGUAUAUUUGAAUCCAAAAGCCGGUUUAUUUUUAGCCUUGUAGUACUAUAAAUAUCUUGACAGCCAAGUUUUUUUUUUUUUUUUUUUUUUUUUUUUUUAAUUUCGGCGUUGUGGGACAGACGACACGUAAUACCCGGAUCAAACUACAAGACAAAUUUGGUCAGACUACUGCAAUAAAAUCUUGUACCGGUCGAAUCAUUAAAGUUUCUGUGUGUGUGAAGUAAUUACAAUAAAGUAAUUUAAUUACAGCAAGUUAGCACCCAUUAGUUCUAGCAUGUUGUAAUGUUGGUUUGACCUGACUGAUAAGAAUACAUGAGCUGAAUAGAGAAUACUCAGUAUACAGUAAGACAAUUAUAUACAGUAAAUGAGCAAGUCAUUUCAAUAGAUACAUUGCUCCAUGUUGUGAUAGGGGAAAAACGUGUGUUCGUGGUCACCGGUGCUCGAGAGAGGACUUUAAUUCAAGGCUUGCUUGAGGUAUGUUACGUACUUUUAAUACGAUACGGCUCGCAAGCAGGCAACACAAAACGUAAACAAAGCUUGUGCUAGCACUAACGGUGGUACUGGAAAGUUUCGGUGUGCGAGAAGUAAUUACAGUAAGUUAGCACACAUUAUUUUUGUGUUUGACCUGACUGAUUAGAAUACAUAACGUGACUAGAGAAUACUCAGUAUACAGUAAGACAAGUUUAUACAGUAAAUGAGACAUUUAAAUAGACACAUUGCUCCAUGUUGUGAUCGGAUUAGUUACUGAUCGUGUAAAGGGUAAAAUUCUAAAAAAAACAUCGUCUUUGAAGAUAUAUGAGAAAGAGCCGUCUUUACUGUACAACCCUAUCAGGUACGCUUGAAAUUAGUUAACACGAUGAGUUAAUUUGCAUCCUCCAUCAAGGACCUUCGAUGUGACGACAUACAAACACCCCAAUGAUGAUGCUCAGACGAGAUUGUGCAGCUCAAGUCUGAACAGUGUGCCUGUAGGAUGGAGAGAUCAAAUGUACUCAAAACUGUAGCCUACAUAAGUGGAGCAUUUGUCCAUCUUUAUAAGCAUUCUACUUUCUGGAACAUGACUACCAUUGCCAUUAUCAAUCUUGGGAGGUUGGACGGUUAUAGUGAUGUGACUGAUGGCGAAAAUAAUUGUCCUACUGUUUACUGUCAAAACAAAAUGAGUGCAGUGGAAGUCUGCAGCCUAACACUGCAGAGUAUGUCUGCAGUGGUGGUUUAUCACCACUAAUCCAAAGUAAACGUUACGCGGCCUCUAGCCCAUUGGUAAGUGCACUCUUGCCUAUCUGAUAGCUAAUAACGGAGCCAUUAAAUGGACCGAUAACGUGCGCAGCUGUGUCCUCAUCUUCAUUCUGCUUUGCCCUUCCAUCUUUCCCGCCUCACCUCAGCCUCCCAUCGUUGCCGCCUAGCCCUUUAAUCCUCCAAUAAAACCUAUUUGGCGUCUGCCGUUGCCUCCAGGAAAUGAACAAUCCCCUAAACACUUUUCUUGAUGAAAGUAGUGUUCCAUCACUUUGGUGCCCAUGUGUCUGAUUUGUGUGCAAGUAGGCUUGGUGGUGCUGGUACACUGGAGGCUGAGCAGAUGAAUAGUCCAUCCCUGAGACAUGCUUAGUGCACGGCAGACAUGGGACUUGCUGGCUGCGGUGCAAGGCGACAGCUGGUUUGACUACAACUGGUGAUACAUUUGCAAAUGAGAGAAAGUCGUGGAAUGUUGCAGUUGAUCACACAGUUGUCCAGAACUUGUGGCAAGUUGAUCUAAGUAGAUAAGGCAGGGCGGCACGGUGGACGACUGCCUCACAGUUCUGACGACCGCAGUUCAAUCCCCGGCCCCGCCUGUGUGAAAUUUGCAUGUUCUCCCUGUGCCUGCGUGGGGUAUCUCCAGACACUCCGGUUUCCUCCCACAUCCCCCUAAAAAAGACAUGCGUGGUAGGUUAAUUGAAGACUAAAUGUCCUGUAGGCGUGAAUGUGAGUGUGAAUGGUUGUUUGUUUAUAUGUGCCCUGUGAUUGACUGGCAACCAGUUCAGGGUGUACCCUGCCUCCUGCCUGAUGAUAGGUCGGAUCGGCUCCAGCUCUCCCGCGACCCUUGUGAGGCUAAGCGGCUCAGAAAAUGGAUGGAUGGAUGGAUGGAUGGAUAGAUAGAUAGGGCAGUGAUUUUGUACAAACGCAGCGAAGUGAUUGAAAAGUUGCAAAUGAUUUCACGUCGUUGCUUGCUCCGUCGUCAAUGUGGGGCUCAGUCCGACCACCAGUUAAUUUCCUCCGCCCUGUCUGUCCAUCUGUCAGACUUCUGCAAAGAUCUUGUCUGGUUAAUUUGUCUAGUGGUCUGUCUGUCCAUCCGUCUAUGUGUCUUGAUUGACACGCCUGUCUUACUGUUGGUCAAUCUAUCAGUUUGUCUAUUGGUCUCAGUUGGUCAUUCCAUUCUUCUAUCUGUACGUACGUUCAAACAUAUAUUUCAGACGGACGUCUGUUAGUCAGCCUGGCUAUUCUUCUGUCCAGCUAUAUUUCAGCUAUUGGUCAGUCCAUUGUUCUGUCUUGUCGGUCAGUCAGUUUCAUCUGUGUCCAUCAAUUUGUCAUAUGGUUGGGCCAUUAGACCAACAGGUAUGUCCCACGGUCUGUCCGUCCAUCUUAGUCAGUUGUCUGCAUGUCUGUCCAUGAGUCUAGGACAGUCCAUCCAUGUGGGUUCUGCCCGACCAUCUGUCAGUCAGUUGGUCCAUCCAUUUGUCUGUUAACUUUGGUCAGUCUGUCUAUUCAUGUUCCCCUUUGUCUGAGUUGAUUCACCUGUCAUACAUUUGUCAGUUGAUCAUUUGGUCUGCAUCUGUCUGUUACUCAUUCCAUCAUUCUUUUGCCAAAUGGGUUGUUGGUUGUUGUCUUUUCUCUUGGUCAGUCUCUUGACGUACAGUCCGUCCUUUUUAAAGUUCUGAUUGUCUUAAUUCUGUUCAUCUAUCUAGAUUAGUUACAAUUCCAUCUUGACUGUAAUUACUUUUGCCUCUAUUGGAAUAGAACUCACAUCAAAUUAAAAAAAUGCACAUUUAGGUACAGUACAUUUUGAAUUUACAGUACUUUGAAUUGAAAAAACAUCAAAUCUCAGAGUGACUCUUCACGUUUGUUCAAUAUUUUCUCUGUCAUGAAAUCCAUAUUCUGCAUUCAUGUGUAUAUAUUGUUUCUGACUGCAGUUUUUCUAUUUUUCUACAUGGAUUGUCUAUCCAGUAAUUUACAUUUGAUAGGAUAAGUCAAACCAAACCAAUUGUCACAUAAUUGUUGACCUCAUAACUGCUAAGUGUGCGUGACAGUGUCAACUAAAUGAUACAAUCAAAGAAACAACAAAUGUAGUUGCCUGUACUGUAAAUACCUAAACUGAAUGGAACUCUUAAUAAAUGUCAUGAACAAUA